CGGUUGGCGCCUUCCCCACACCGCAGGCCUGCCCCUGCUUUAAACAGCUAGAUCCAGACUCCGAUCGCCACUCACUGGCAAUAAAAAGUCUUUUUUUUAAUCAUUCCCUAGCCCCCCCCACCCCCCGACUCCCUUACUAUCCUGACGGUAUGACCGGCAACUUACCUCCCUGUGUGAUUGACUGUGGAACAGGAUAUACAAAGCUUGGUUAUGCAGGUAACACUGAACCACAGUUCAUCAUUCCUUCAUGUAUAGCGAUCAAAGAAUCAGCCAAAAUAGGUAACCAUGCACAGCGGAGGUUGGUGAGGGGAGUGGAUGACCUAGACUUUUACAUAGGUGACGAAGCUGUAGAUAAACCAACGUAUGCCACAAAGUGGCCCAUUCGACAUGGUUUAGUUGAAGACUGGGAUCUAAUGGAACGAUUUAUGGAACAUGUGAUAUUCAAGUAUCUCCGAGCAGAACCUGAGGAUCAUCACUUUUUAAUGACAGAGCCACCACUCAAUACACCAGAAAAUCGAGAGUACCUUGCAGAGAUCAUGUUCGAAUCCUUUAAUGUUCCAGGUCUUUACAUUGCAGUCCAGGCUGUGCUAGCCUUAGCUGCUUCCUGGACAUCAAGGCAGAUUGGAGAACGCACACUAACAGGCAUAGUGAUAGACAGUGGAGAUGGAGUAACCCAUUGUAUUCCAGUGGACAAAGUACCCCAGAAUAGGAUGGAAAUAGCUGGCAGGAGUGGAGUGCUGCCUGAUGUUAGACUCCUAACUUACUACGAGUACAGAUUCUGUCACUCACCUAAUAAGACCCAGACUGUUCCUGUGGGGAUACUGAGGCAACCAUGUCCUGCCAGCUGGGCCGAAGGUUAUGUCAUUGGAAGCUGCAUUAAACAUAUCCCAGUUGCAGGUCGGGAUAUUACGUUCUUCAUUCAACAGCUCUUGAGGGAAAGGGAAAUCGGGAUACCACCUGAACAAUCCCUGGAGACUGCGAAGAUCAUCAAGGAGAGAUAUUGUUACAUCUGCCCUGAUAUAGUAAAGGAAUUCACUAAAUAUGACACAGAUCCUGGGAAGUGGAUCAAGCCAUACAUUGGUAUCAAUGCUAUCAGCAAACGACAGUUUUCUGUUGAUGUAGGCUAUGAAAGGUUCCUGGGACCUGAAAUUUUCUUUCAUCCAGAGUUUGCAAAUCCGGACUUUAUGCAACCUAUUUCAGAGGUAGUUGAUGAAGUAAUACAAAACUGCCCCAUAGAUGUUAGACGUCCGUUGUAUAAGAACAUAGUUCUUUCUGGAGGUUCAACAAUGUUUCGGGACUUUGGGCGUCGUUUGCAGCGAGAUCUAAAAAGAGUUGUGGAUACAAGAUUGAAAAUUAGUGAACAGCUUAGUGCUGGUCGAAUAAAGCCUAAACCAAUUGAGGUCCAGGUGAUAACCCAUCAUAUGCAGCGGUAUGCAGUUUGGUUCGGCGGUUCCAUGCUUGCAUCAACACCUGAAUUUUACCAAGUGUGUCACACAAAAAAGGAUUAUGAAGAAUUUGGACCUAGUAUUUGUCGGCACAACCCAGUUUUUGGCAUCAUGUCAUAAUGGCAGCUAUAAAUAACUACAAUUUAAGAAUUGAAUGUCCAGCUACUGAACAGCAUGGGUAGAAGAACUGGCAUGUUUAUCCCACUGCUGAAUCUGGAAAUUUGUACCUGAAUUGGUUAUCCGACAGAGUUGGAUGCUGUCUAGAAUAAUUUUUAAUUAAGCCCACCAUGUGUCAGCUAUUUAUAUUCUUGCAAUGUGCCUGCAUUCCCAUCCUUAAGCUUAUUGCACUGCACAACUCGUUUUCAACUUGAGAUACAGUGUACUAAUUUGAGUAGGUUUUGAAAAAUAACCUAGUGUCAUUAAUCCUCCCUAUCUAGUGAAGGAAUGAAAUUGUCCAUAUAAAGGAAUUUGAUUCCUUUUGUAAAUAUAGAAAGAUAUAUUGCAGAUCAUGUGACAGUUUUGUUUAUAUUUCAUAACUGGUUUGUAUUAUAAGAUUGUGCUGAGAAAGUUUCAAUGAGGAUGUGUGAUGUUUAUUAAUGUAUACAGUUGAAUAUCUUGAACUUGGAAAUAUGGAGCUCCUUAGCAACUGAUAGUUAUUUAUUUUAAAAAGAGAGAAUGUUUUCUUUUUGUUGGAGUGAAAUUACCCUUAAUUUUUUGUUUCAGUUUACAGUAUUUUUUGUAACAUCGUGUCUUGAACAUUGAUGUUUCUGAUAUAGUUACUUAUUUGCAGUGUUUUAGGUUUGCUGUUUUGAGCCAGAAUC